GCCUCGCGACGCUGGGCGGCAGGCCGCUACGGCUGCAUGCGGGCAGCGGCAGCCUGUACGACCAGGGAGUACGGCAGGACGACACCCUGGAGCUGUCAGCACGGCUGCUGGGAGGUCAGCCUGUGAAGGUCAAGGUCCUCACACCCACACCCAAGGCAGAGUGCGGCUCCGAGGUCACGGUGGAUCUGGACACCCACACGCCCAUGCACGAGGUGAAGAUGCAGCUGGCCCGGGCUACGGGGCUGGAUGUACGGCACCAGCGGGUGCUGCUGGGCGGCAUCGGAUCCAUGGUGCUGCUGGAC